UUGCCAGUGAGUAUGCGACUACCAUAGCUCGCGUGGCUAACUGCAGAAAGGCAUAUAUAUUGGCGAAUAGUUGUCUGUUGUCCUUCCCUAAGUUCAGUACGCGUUUCAUGGGUCGCCACUGUUGUCGUCCUGCGAUCAGUUAUCAGAUCAUACCGCAGUUUGUCCAAAUCUAUUGUUAUAGCGAUAAUACUCGAUUGAUUUCCUCGGAUUUCCUGAUAUUCUGAACAUUGUUUAAACACCGCCGUGUGAGUAAUUCGCUUAUUAGAAUGGAGAUUUUUCCAGAGAUAUAAACAAUUGCAGUCCAUUUUCUUCCUUGUUCAUCAAGUGAUCACUCGAUUCUGUCAAUACAAAGUGCCAUUAGCCCUGUUUCCCUAUUACCCUUUUUCCGCAUUUCGUAUGUGAGGAAUUUAACUGUACUCAGCCUGCGUACUUUUCACAGUUCUAAACAGUAUAAAGUGAUGUGAUAGUUAAGGGUCUAGCAGUAGAAUCAGUGUGAACAAUUGAAUUAAGCUUACGUAACUAUUUAAAAAAGAAUUCAUCAGUUUAGCGAUGACACGUGGAAGGAAUAGCUUAAUUAUCCAUUACAACGCUUGCCAGUCCAUAAUUAAAACUUUCGCACUGUUUGCUUCUUGAACUAGAUUCGUUUUAAUUCCUUUGAAAACUGUUAAUUAGUUUGCCGUUUAAAUUCAUUGUUUAGUCGGUUCUUUACAAAUAGCCAGACAACGAAUCAUGUGUGCUGCUUUCUUCAAUCAAUUCUUACUUUUAAGGUAAUGAGUCACCCCGCAUAGUAGUGUCGCACUGUAACCAAGGCGACCGAUGGGCAUCGAUAUACACUGGCAGCUCGACGAUCGAACGAGAGCGUCAGAAUUAUUCCAGAGCCCACGCAAUAUUGUUAUAUAGAUAUAAAAAUAGACAAAGGUAGAAAAGAAAUACUAAAGGACGGUAGCUAACAAGAACUCCAUCACCAUGUUGAAGUUGAACCUUUACUCCAAAAACAAGAGCCUUCAGGAUGAUGUCAAGUCGGAAGUGACUGGCCAUGAUCGAUUCGGCCAUGUCGGAGUCCAUCGCUCAGCCAAAAGUUCCUCGAUGGCGAAUUCUUUUACUCCGUCUCCGAAAUGGCGGAUUCAAAAAGAAGCCUUACUUAGACAGCAACGCCAGGCUGAACGAUGGCGGCGAUCUUCUGGGUUAAGAGGCGACGGCUACGGGCCCAUCAACUCUCAACAACCGUCGUCGGCGAGAACCAUCAAAGAGGAGAAUGAAUACUCGAGCGAAUCGCAAAUAAAAGUUAACUCGAGAUCCUCCUUUUUUGGACUCAGUUGGGCACGACAACUUCUUCAGCAUUUGCUGGCUUGCCGCUCAGAAGGCUGUCCCAAUCAAACAGAGGAGUCGCCUGAAUAUCUGAUUCCAUGGUAUUCGUCCCGGACGAAAGAUUGCAGCAGCAACGGGUCGACGGGAGUCGGCAGUGUGCUGGACGGUGAAGAAAUGGUGGGCAUCCCGGGCGGGUCUAGCGGAAGCGGAGCGAUGAGCGGCGGUGCGGAAUGCAUUGAGCUCCUGGAACUGGAACGGAGGAUGCCGAGAGCCCGAGGAUCGGACAUUAGAGAACUGGCGACCAACAUCUGCCGUCAAUACAUUCGCUCCUCGUCGCGUUAUCACCUGCUCGAUCACUUGAAGGACAUUGGAUCGAGAAUCGACAAGCAGUGGUUCAUGAUUCGAGACUCUUCCCUGAAAACCGAGCGACUCUUGACUAUUGUCCCGCUGAGUGGGUCACCGGCUUACGGCUGCGAAGUGACAACGACCGAUGCGGACGCCACGCGCAACGCUCUCAUCGAUCUCUUCACGGCUCUCCAACACCCAUACAUCUAUCCAGUUUUAGACGUGGAUUUCGUCUACGGCGCCGUGGCGUCAUCGAAUUCACCUUUCUGUGAAGAGGCUAAACCUGUCCUUGUAACCGUCUUUCCUUUCAAUACCAAAGGAUCGCUCAAGGAUCUCAUCUACAGAAGCCGCUGGCAGGACGAUUGGGACCAAAAGUAUUGCCAACGCUCCGAGGGUCUACCUCUGCUUCAAGUCCAACGACUGGGACGCCAAAUCCUGGAGGCCCUUCUCUUUCUACAAGAAAGAGGUUUCCCACCGUUCGGCCACCUGCAUUCCGGCAACGUUAUCAUCCAAAACGGUGUCGCCAGGUUGACGGGCUUCGAGAACACCCUACUAGGAUUUUCGUCGCGGAUCCAUCCGAUGGUCAAGAGCAUCCUGCCCGCGACUCCGGCUGUCAGCAUCGACACCAUCUGUUUUGGGCACGUCCUAUUUGAAAUGUGCAGCGGAUACGAGUUAUACGCACCGAAACCGACGGCCAGACAUUUGGAGGAUUUACAUUCCUACCCUCAGGUUAUCGAAGUCCUGGAUUACAUUUUCAACAACCCCAGCGAGGAGUACCCAACGAUCGCGAGCCUAGCCAUUCUCGAGUUCUUCCGCAACAUCGAUCUCCGAGAAAUGAGAUGCUCGACGAUUUACUACAACGCCAAAUUAACCAGCGCUGCCUUGAGUCUUCUGGAUCAGGUGCAGCAAAAACGACGCAGGAAAGAGAAGCCCGCAUCGAAGCAGCUGAAACGCCAUCAAUAUCCUCCGUCGCCGUCGUCGAAAUUGGAUUUAAUUUCAUCGACAGCGGAAGCUUCCAGCAGCAGCAGGAGGCAGGCUCAAGUCCAUUCCGUGGGAAAUGAAAAUCCGCCGAAGGAAGUUCAACCGGACGAGGAAAACGAAAUCGAAUUAACAAAUUCACCGCAACAACACAAAAUGCCGCCGCUAUUGUUGAAUCGAAAAAGUCAUAACGAACAGAAAUUAGAAGUAAAUCAGAAAGAAGAGGCCAACACAAAUUCCAGGAGCGAUCUGCCCCGUUCGGAGAGCAUACGAUCCAACCUGACGUUGAACCUGGGCAACAGCUCCCAAAGUGGACAACAGCCGAAUAAGGUCCGCAGUCGGCCCACCAUCACUACCAGCCGGACGACGCCAUCGCUGUCGAUGAUAUCCUCUCUCAUUUCACUCGAAGCUUUCCGCGCAAAUAAGGAGAAGCGACAACAGUCAAGUGGCACCUUCAGCGCCAACGUCCAAGCACAAAAGAAUUUCUAUGAGAGCAAUGACUCGUUUCAAACGCCGCUCGAGUCACCUUGUGCCGAGCCCGAAAACUACUUCAACGGUGAAUCGGCAGAGCAGCAGCCUUUGUUGGUGCUAACUUCGCCAGACAAUGAGGCUUUGUCCAUCGAAGAUUGAGUCCAUUUGCCAAUAAUAGCUAGCUUAAUCUUUCACAAUGUUAACGAAUUUUUUUGAA